UUUACAGCAAUCUGAACAGAAAUUCAUGUUUUAAAACAGUCCAGUCCCCCAGCAAAAAUGUGGCCAUUUGAACCCAUUGCGAAAUGCAAAGAUACACAAAUGAUGCCUCCCCCUAAAUAAAAUCUUCUGUCCACAGUAAAUCCUGUUUCUGUUGAAGAACAGAGGGUAAAAGCACACACGCUCGGUGCACCUAUUCAAGAAAUAUGACUACCUCAAAUCAGAAAUUUGAGUUUGUAAGAACAGGUUAUGGGAAGAAUGAAGUCAAAGUUCUGCAUAUCAGACGGGAGAGGAAUCAACACUACAUAAUGGAGCUGAAGGCAAAUGUGCAGCUUACGCUAAACUCAGUGAAAGAUUAUAUUACUGGAGACAACUCGGACAUUAUCCCAACUGACACCAUCAAAAACACUGUCCAUGCCCUGGCGAAGAUAAAAGGAGUUAAAACCAUUGAGGGCUUUGCCUUGGACAUCUGCAAUCAUUUCCUGACUGCCUUUAAACAUGUAACACGAGCAAAGGUCAACAUUGAGGAAGCUCCAUGGAAGAGGCUUGAAAAGAAUUCGGUUGAACAUGCCCAUGCAUUCAUCUUCUCUCCAGAGUCUUGGCGUUUCUGUGAGGUUGAACAGUAUCGAAAUGAAAAACCAGUGAUCUAUACUGGAAUCAAAGACAUGAAGGUUCUCAAGACCACACAAUCAGGUUUCGAAGGCUUCUUGAGAGACCGCUUCACCACUCUACAGGAGGCCAAGGACAGAGUCUUCUGUACCUCUGUCUACGCUAGGUGGCGUUACAACCAGUACCAUGACAUAAACUUUGACAUGGCAUGGAAAACUGUAAAGGAGAGCAUUAUUGAGAAGUUUGCUGGCCCCUACACUCAUGGAGAGUAUUCACCAUCUGUUCAGAAAACAAUCUACGAUACACAGAUUCUUGUUCUUGAGAGACUGCCAGAGAUCGAGGAGAUUGAAAUCAUUAUGCCGAACCAGCACUACUUUACAAUCGAUAUGACUAAACUGGGACUCUCCAAUAAGGACGAGGUCCUUUUACCGCUUGAUAAUCCAGCAGGCAACAUUACAGGAACUGUACGCAGGAAACCACAAGCCAAACUGUAAAAUUGUUCAGAAAAAAGGGGAAUCCACAAAGUGUCAUCUUAACAGACUUUAAUAAACCUCAGUAAAAACCUCAGUAAAAACAAAGUCAACAAACUUAACCCCAUGUAUUCAAAUUUUACAAGUGGAGUUAAUAACAUAAAUAGAAACAAAAAAAAUGAAAAUGAAAAGACCUGAAUUGGUCAAUGUGGCUCUGAAUGCAAUCGAUGCAACAAAUAUUAAUCACAUUUAAUAAAUAAGAAAUUUAAUAAAUAAAUUGAAUGGGAACAUGUAUACAUAUACAUUACACAUUUUUGUGCAGGGUUUGGUGUAUAUUAAAUUUGUGUGCGUGUGUUUAUUUUUUGUUAUUUAAUAAUAUCAAAAGAUUUGAAAGAAAUUAGAUUGUUAAAACAAAUCUGGUAAAGAGAACAAAUUAUUAAAUGUUGUAUAGAUUUCUCUCAUCCCAUAUAUAAUGCAAUAUUAUUGCAGAUGCAAAUGGUGUUGGGAAAAAAAAAAACAGCUGAAUUAAUUCCCAAAACAAGCUAAAUAAAAUGAUGCACAAAAUCAUUUAUCUAAUCAUGGAGCUUGCAUAUGAAGUUUGUAAAUUAGUAGUAU